CGGCCGCGCCGCGCACGCCGCGGUAAAUGGGAGGCUCGGCCGGCGGGGGCGGGGGCCGCGCAGCCGGGGACUUUCAGGAACUGCAGGGGCGGGCGGCGGCUGGAGUCUCCGAGCGCCCAGCCGCGGGCCUGAGCGCCGACACUCGGGGCCRAGGCGGAGCCGCCGCCGCGCCGGGGCCCAGCCGUCGCCGUCGCCACCGUCCUCGCGCGCCCUCCCGGCUUGGGCCGACCCGCCGCGGCGCGGGAGACGAGCCGGCCGUCCCCGGCCGGGGGACCCGCCCGCCAUGGCCACCAAGGUUUCCACAGAGGUUUUUUUCAUUCUCGUACUGCUCCGGUGUAUUCCAUGGUGGUGCUGUGCCCUGGUUGAUGUAAGCAGCUCCCUGUUGGUAGAUGCUGGGUGGCCUCCAGUCUUCUGAUACUGCACGUGGCUGCAGUAAAUGUCCACGUGCACUGGCUCGGGUUAUGUAUGAUUUUGCUGCUGAACCUGGGAAUAAUGAACUGACGGUUAAUGAAGGAGAAAUCAUCACUAUUACAAAUCCGGAUGUGGGUGGAGGAUGGCUGGAAGGAAGAAACAGCAAAGGAGAGCGAGGGCUCGUCCCCACAGACUACGUAGAAAUGUUACCUAAUGAUGGAAAAGAUCAGUUUUCAUGUGGAAAUUCAGUGGCUGACCAAGCUUUCCUUGAUUCCCUCUCAGCAAGUACAGCUCAAGUGAAUUCGGCAGCCUCCAACAGCAGCAWCCAGGUGGAUAUUUUGGCUCAGAUUGGUUGUGUUGAAGGUCUUAGCCAGUCACCACCCUCUUCGUCUUCUCCUUCUCCUUCUUCUUCCAUUAAUAAGGUCAGCAGUGGCAAUGACCCCUGGUCAGCCUGGAGCGCCUCCAAAUCUGGGAACUGGGAUGGUUCGGAUGGCUGGGGGGCCAAGCCCGAGGGGACUGGCCCCCAGAGAAACUCUGCCAACAACUGGGACUCUGCCUUUGGCCACCCCCAAGCUUACCAAGGACCAGCAACUGGUGAUGACGAUGACUGGGAUGAAGACUGGGAUGACCCCAAGUCCUCUUCUCCUUACUUUAAGGACUCAGAGUCAGCGGAAGCAGGUGUCCAGCGGGGAAACAGUCGUCCUGGGGCCUCCUCCAUGAAGCUGCCACUUAACAAAUUUCCUGGAUUUGCAAAACCUGGAAUGGAACAGUAUUUGUUGGCCAAGCAACUAGCAAAAUCCAAAGAGAAAAUUCCCAUCAUCGUUGGAGAUUAUGGCCCGAUGUGGGUUUAUCCUACCUCUACAUUUGACUGUGUGGUAGCAGAUCCCAGGAAAGGCUCCAAAAUGUAUGGUCUGAAGAGCUACAUUGAAUAUCAAUUAACACCUACUAACACUAAUCGAUCUGUAAACCACAGGUAUAAGCACUUUGACUGGUUAUAUGAGCGUCUCCUGGUUAAGUUUGGAUCAGCCAUUCCGAUCCCUUCUCUUCCAGACAAGCAGGUCACAGGUCGCUUUGAAGAGGAAUUUAUAAAGAUGCGCAUGGAGAGACUUCAGGCUUGGAUGACCAGGAUGUGCCGGCACCCAGUGAUCUCCGAAAGUGAGGUCUUCCAGCAAUUCCUAAACUUCCGAGAUGAGAAGGAAUGGAAAACUGGGAAGAGGAAGGCUGAGAAAGACGAGCUGGUGGGAGUCAUGAUAUUUUCCACCAUGGAACCAGAGGCGCCUGACUUGGACUUAACAGAGAUAGAACAGACGUGUGACGCGGUGGGGAAGUUCACCAAGGCCAUGGACGAUGGCGUGAAGGAGCUGCUGACCGUGGGCCAGGAGCACUGGAAGCGCUGCACCGGGCCAUUACCCAAGGAAUAUCAGAAGAUAGGAAAAGCCUUGCAGAGUUUAGCAACAGUGUUUAGUUCCAGCGGUUAUCAAGGUGAAGCAGAUCUCAAUGACGCAAUAACAGAAGCAGGAAAGACUUACGAGGAGAUCGCCAGUCUUGUGGCAGAACAGCCAAAGAAAGAUCUCCACUUCCUCAUGGAAUGUAAUCACGAGUAUAAAGGCUUCCUUGGCUGCUUCCCGGAUAUCAUUGGUGCUCACAAGGGAGCAAUAGAAAAAGUGAAAGAAAGUGAUAAGCUAGUUGCAACUAGUAAAAUCACUCCACAGGACAAGCAGACCAUGGUGAAGCGAGUCGGCACCAUGUCUUAUGCUUUGCAAGCUGAGAUGAAUCACUUCCACAGUAACCGGAUCUAUGAUUACAACACCGUCAUCCGCCUGUACCUGGAGCAACAAGUGCAGUUCUAUGAAACAAUUGCAGAAAAGCUGAGGCAGGCCCUCAGCCGCUUUCCGGUUAUGUAGAACAGAGCGGAACAUGAAGAAAACUCCGAAGUGCUUCCUUCUGACUUGGGCAAUGCAGUUCAAAGUUUAUUUUUUUUCUCCAUCAUCAGAAAAAAAGAAAGAAAACCAAAAAGAAAUAAGAGUUGGAAAAGGCUGUUUUCUCUAUUAACCAGCCUGAAUGCACUAUUAUUUAGGGUUGGUCUUCUUUUGUUUAUUUCUACAUUCAUUAUUUAAACCAAUGGAAAUUGUCUCUAUUUUUGGAAAGAACUUAAAUUUAUUAGGAUUUUUGAAUGGAGAAUUAGGGGCUCCCCACUGAUAUUUUACAUAUAAUCGUAAUUUAUACAUUACCCAUGAUCUUCCGGUUCUUACCCAAUGUCAGAUAAUUAAUUACUAAUUGCUUUCUUAAAAAUAUGAAAUAUUCCAGAAUAAAAAGACACAUGUUUAUAUAUUUUUAUAACUCCUUGGUCUUCUGGRGUUCCUGUCUGUUCAGGAAGAUCCACACACCCUUCACUGUGCCAGUGCUUCUGUCUCAGGAGGGAGAGAGCCCAGGGCUCUGGGCACCUUGCCCUGCAUGUGCUGCAGGGGUCAUCUCGUGUCCCCUUGGUGGGCACAGUGGGCACACAGCAAGUGCACCUGCCUGCUGCUCUUCCGUGGAAGACAGUGCUCCCUCUGUGCCCUGCUUCCUGAUCCUGGGCAAGGCGUGUUUUUGCUAGAAAGAAUACAGCAGAAAGGCUGAAAGACCUUUUAAAAAGGCUUUAACCCCGGGCUGGUGGCCGUUCUGACUCCUGUGCCCAGGAGCACUGGGGGAGAGCAUCCUCCAGAGCUGCCACCCUUCCCAUCCUGUCCCUCCACUCGCCAUCAGAGGGAAGAAGUGCUGGGAUGGCCUGAGGUGCCACGAGAUUGCCAUGUGGACAGGAGGCCAGUCCAGGUUCUCUGAAAAGAUGGAAACCAGAAUUUAGUGCCUGGCCCCUCCCCACCAAAUGGGAGAGUUUGGGGACUGAGAUGGACGGCAGCAUGCCCAGUGUGCAGGAAGGUGCUGAUGAGAAGCCCAAGCGAUACCUGUCUUGACUGUCCAGCCUUCCUGGUCACUGAUACUUCCAUUAAGGGCACCAGGCAAAAAGGUCUCGACCUGCUGACGGCUGAUUAGCACCCGCAGGCCGCCCGCUCUACUGUUGCCUUACCACCUCAUCUGCCACCGUCCCUGCUCUGACCCAGUGAUUACAGAAACGGAAAGUCAGCAGCAAAAACAGGAGAAACCAAAGCAGUAGAUGAGGACAGUAGUCACCUGAGAACCUCCCGCUCUCCAACAUCACAGGUCUGUCACUGUUUAUAAGUAAUUCUCCCCACCUGACUUUUCCCCUAUAAAAUCCCAUAGAACAGUGUUUAUGAUACAGCCAUUUAAUAUAUGUACAAACUGUAAAGAAUAUGUAUAAAUAUUUUACACAAAUGUAAGCAUGUAGAAGCCAACGUAUAAAUAAAUUGUUUAAAAACUGUA